CGAGCGUUCGCGAUAAGACGUGGUAGUGUUGUGUCCGACGUCUGGUUUGUGAUUUUCGGAAGUAUUUAAAAGUUUUAACUAGCCGUGAUGUGCGUUUGUGUUAUUAUGACAAAGUUAUUUAUUUUAUUAUUGUGAUAUUAGCGACGACUGUGCUGUUAAUAUUGAGUUUGAAAGUUUUGAGGUUGUGCUAGCAGGCCACGAGUGGAUGUGAAUAACCGGUGUUUUGUUUAAAAAUUAAAAUGUGGCGGAUCUUUCCACUUCUCCUUUGCUUCUACGCGGUGCUCUCAAGUGGAACGUCUAGUGAUGAUGACAGGAGAUGGCUCGUGUCCCUCAUAGAUCUGGUGGAGCUCGACUAUCAAGAUCAAUGUAACCAACGAGCUGAAGCGACCUGGGAAGAGCUUUUAGGCAACGAGAAAAUCUUGUCCUUGAAAGUACUGCUGGAGCAAGACAAGGCAUUUGGAAUUUUCUCCAGCAAGCAGAAGAUGGAUGUGAAGUCAGCAUUCACGAGCCAGGCUCUCGCUGCCGAUGACGAUGUUUUAAGACGUCGUGUGAAAUUGUUACUUCAGCCAGGAGAUACAUUGCUUGAAACAGAACAAUGGAUACGGCUGGUAACAUUUGCUGAUACUGCGCUUAACCGAUUGCGCUUUGCUGGGGAUUACAACUGCGGAGUCACUGUUAAUUGCACGUUAAGAGAACUACAUAACGCCAUAGCAAGAGAACAAGACGAGGAAAAGUUGCGUCUGAUGAAAGCGUCAUGGGAUAGACACCUGCCAGAUUUUACGGAAUAUCUUAAUAAAAUUCUACCUUUACUGAGGAAUGCUUCGAAGGAAAAUCUUUACGACUCUGUGGAAGAAUAUUGGGAUUCGUUAGCCGAAUACGAAGGGGCAAUGUUAACGGCCCGUGAGAUUUGGGAUCACGUCAGACCUUUGUACCUCAAAUUACAUAAAUACGUAUCACUCAAGCUGAAAGGCGUGGACGAAGUUGGAAAGCCCUUGCCGAUACAUUUGCUUAGAUCGCUCAAUGGAGACGACUGGUCGAAUUUGAUAGAGAGUUUGCUACCGACUCAUCCAGACAUUUAUCAAAAACUUCACGCUAAUUUACAAUUAAAGGAUGUCAGUGGCUUAAAUGCAUUCAAAGAAGCAAAUAAACUGCUCAAGCAAUUGAAUUUGGGUGAAAUACCAUCAGAAAUAUUAAAAGAAUCCGCUUUCAAUGGAACCUGCCCUCCUACAAUAGUAGAUUGGUGCGAGCCCAACCGAAUGAGAUUUGUAAGUUGCAAGGACGUCAGUAUUCAGAACUAUAUGGACGCACAUGAAACGGCUAUGAAGAUAAAAUACAAAAUCACGACCGGCUUACACAGCAAUAACACAUACGUGCUAAGAGAAGCGCCGCGUUACUCGGCUAUAUAUGAGGCAGUGCCGGGAUUUGUGUCAUUAUUGUCACUGAAUCCCCAUACAUUAGAGCGUGCGGGUUUGUAUCCGCUUAAUAGGUUUAAUUACAACCAAAACCACAAUAGACUCGUUCUGCAGCUGAUUAUAGCAUUGAGAGAUUUACCGAAGUUGAACUACUAUAUAGCCGCAGACGAAUGGCGAUUAGAUGUUUUGAUGGGUAAAAUUCCUUACCAUAAAAUAAACGAGAGUUGGAGUGAAUUCAGAAAAAACUUUUCCCUUAUCGAGUCAUCAAACUCGGAUAUUCUUGGAAGCGCACACGUUUUAUCAAACAAGCCUUACAUUGGAAAUUUCUUGGGACUGAUUCUUAAGUACCAGGUCUAUCAGUCUUUUGCUGAGGAACUGAGAUCUGAUGAUUCCGAUUUAAUUCAACACGUGUCUGAAAACAAUCAACGAUUAAUUGAUGCUAUGAUGCAAGGCUAUGGGACUCCUUGGCCUGAAAUGGUUAGUGAUUUGCUAGCGAAACGAGAAAAUGGUUUAGAAUAUACCGGACUCACUGAUUACUUCAGGCUUCUAGACGAAUAUUUGGAUAACCAGUUAGAUCCAACAAGUGAAAAUACCAUAGAAGAAUAUGUUGAACCACCAAUUGAGGUUCCACCACAAGAAAACGAAAUACCCGAAGAAACUCCGCUUCCCAAAGCAGAGAAUAAUGAAGGAGAACAGGAAAAUGCUAUUAAAACACAUGAUAAUAUCAACGAGAAUAUAAUAGAUACAGAAGAUGAUCAUAACUAUAAAUUAGAAACAUCCACAGUUGGAGUGUUAGAAAUCAAAAACCCUUUGGCUGCUGGGGACCAGACGGAGCCUACUAAUGUUAAAGAAGCCUCAUACAAUAUUUAUUGGUGGAUCGGCGUGGCCGUAGCGAUAGCUAUCGUCGUUAUUUUAGUAGCGAUAAUUGCAAGAAAACGACACAACCAUAGAAAACAAUUGGAAAGACAAAGAAGACAGAAUUCGCGUGCUUGAUGUGAAGAGUAUCGGUUCUAAGUGAACCGAAAGACGUUAGUGAAAUUGUGCUAAUACUUUGAGUACAAUUGUGGUUGAAUGUUUUAUUUUUAAGGCCCUUUUCAUUUCAUAUCUGUGGUGUAAAUGGACUUCUUACUCUAUGGUGCUGUAUCUCUACUACCAUUUCGGAAGCAUUUAGUUUCAAUGAAUGCGUGUUUUUUCUUUUGCAAUUCUAAAGUAGGUUUAGAAGAGGAAAAUAUUUUUGUACAUAUCACAAUUUGCGAUAUAUUAAGAUGGUUACCAAAUGUUAAAUAUAGGUGUAUUCUAUAUUGUAUAGUUAGGAGUAAAUUCGCCGUGCCUUAAGCGUUUCAAUUUCAAAUAAUAAAUGGAACGAUCAAAAUUUCUAAUGAUUAAGGUAAUUUUAUAAAUCACUAUUUACUCCCAAAGACCAAUCCCUUCUAUAUAUGUUUCAUAAUUUUGGUUGUUUUAUUAUUAUAUUAAAAUAAAAUUGGAUCAUUAUUUAAAUAAACGAAUAUUAAAUUAUUUUAUUGUCGGUAUAUUUUAAUGGAUUUUAUUUAUUAGAUUACUAACGUCUGUUAGUCAAGCAAGAUUGUAAAGAUUGUCAGAUUAAAAAAUUAUAAUGUUUUGAAGAAA